UACAAACUGUUCUUGUAAUAUUUAAUAAUAAACCAUUAAUGAUCAGUAAAUAAAGAAAUAUAUUAAAAAAAAAUGAAUGAAAAAUCAGUGCAGAAAUGUAGAACAUGUCUUAAGAUCAGUGAAAAAAUGUUUCCUAUAAACAAACAUGCAAGAGGCUGCAGACCCAAGAGGACCUAUGGUCAACUACUAAAGGAAUAUGCCAAAUUAGAUUUCAUAUCAGAUUAUGAGCAUCUCAUGCCACAAUAUUUAUGUGCUUUGUGCUGUCGUGAGUUGAGGUCCACUAAUGCAUUUGUUCGACAAGCGAAGAAUUCCUAUAAUGAACUUCUAAAUCUUAUUUCUAAACAAUUGGUUUGUCUGCAAGAAAAAACUAUUGAUUUGUCACCAAAUGUAAACGAAUUGGAAAAAUCCCUUGAUAUCAAAAUGGAAAAUGAUAUUGAUGAAUACCAGGCGAUAGAACGAAAAGGCCAAGAUAAUACAACAAAUGAACUCAAAAUUGUAAUAACGAGUACUAUGUUGAAGUUGGAAGUAUUGGAGGAAUCAACAGAUAUUGGCAAACCUAUUAAAAAGGAUGAAAUUAUUGAAGAAAUGGAUAUUAUUGAUAAGUAUGAUUAUGGAAUUUUAGAAAGAUAGUUUUGCAUUUUGAAAUUCGGAAAAAUCGGCCCACAAAGUGGCUGAGAACUAAGAAAAAAACCGCGACUACAUAGGUAUAUCUGGAUUAAUAAAUCAUUAACAUAGACAAUAUGGAUAUCUAAUGAUAGAUAUUUUUAGCAAGGAUAUAACG